CCUCCCCCCGGCCGGAGCUCACUGUCUCCAAGAUGGCGGCCGUGUCAGUUUGGGGCAUCUCCGCGGUCCGGUCCGGGGCCCCGGGAUCCCGGUUCUCUUCUCCCCCGGCAUAAGAUGCACAUUUUUCUGCUGGGAAUGAGAUGUUCUUGAGUUCUUACAAGUUUAUGAAGAGACUCAUGUAUGGUGCUAUUGAGAAAUUUAUUGGGAAAUUUAAAGACAUUUCAAAUAACAGGUUCUUUUGGUUUCUAAAGUAAAAGUGUGGAGGCACUCUGUUUUGUGCAAGGAGAAAGGACUCAGGCCAGAAAACUUGUAUGCUAUGGUUAACUGGUUCCCAGCCUCCGAGAAUGUUGUUUUCCAUGGUGUAAAACUUACUCAGCAUCAGGAUAAGGGAUAACGACUCUAUGGAUAUACAGAAUCCUUCACCAUGGUAAAACUCGCUAACCCGCUGUACACGGAGUGGAUUUUGGAGGCCAUCAAAAAAGUGAAGAAGCAAAAACAGCGUCCUUCAGAAGAAAGGAUAUGCAAUGCAGUGUCUUCAUCCCAUGGCUUGGAUCGUAAAACUGUUUUAGAACAAUUGGAGUUGAGUGUUAAAGAUGGAACAAUUUUAAAAGUCUCGAAUAAAGGACUCAAUUCCUAUAAAGAUCCUGAUAAUCCUGGGCGAAUAGCACUUCCUAAACCCCGAAACCAUGGAAAAUUGGAUAAUAAACAAAAUGUAGAUUGGAAUAAGCUGAUCAAGCGGGCUGUUGAGGGCUUGGCAGAGUCCAGUGGCUCAACUUUGAAAAGCAUUGAACGUUUUUUGAAAGGUCAGAAGGAUGUGUCUGCGUUAUUUGGAGGCAGUGCUGCCUCUGGCUUUCACCAGCAGUUACGAUUGGCUAUUAAACGAGCCGUUGGCCACGGCAGACUCCUUAAAGAUGGACCUCUUUAUCGGCUCAACACUAAAGCAACCAGUGUGGAUGGGAAAGAGAGUUGUGAGUCUCUUUCCUCUUUACCUCCAGUGUCACUCCUUCCACAUGAAAAGGAUAAGCCCGUUGCUGAACCAAUCCCCAUCUGUAGUUUCUGUCUUGGUACAAAAGAACAAAACCGAGAAAAGAAGCCAGAGGAGCUCAUCUCCUGUGCCGACUGUGGCAACAGCGGUCAUCCAUCCUGUUUAAAAUUUUCCCCCGAACUAACGGUUAGAGUGAAGGCCUUACGGUGGCAGUGCAUUGAGUGUAAAACGUGCAGCUCCUGUCGAGAUCAAGGCAAGAAUGCAGAUAACAUGCUCUUUUGUGAUUCCUGUGACCGAGGUUUUCACAUGGAGUGUUGUGAUCCUCCACUCACCCGGAUGCCAAAAGGUAUGUGGAUAUGUCAAAUAUGUCGACCUAGGAAAAAAGGACGAAAACUUCUACAGAAGAAGGCGGCCCAGAUAAAACGGCGCUAUGCUAACCCAAUAGGACGUCCAAAAAACAGGUUAAAGAAACAAAACACGGUAUCAAAAGGUCCCUUCAGCAAAGUUCGAACUGGUCCUGGAAGGGGUCGUAAACGUAAAAUCACGCUCUCCAGCCAGUCAGCAUCAUCAUCAGAAGAAGGAUAUUUAGAGCGAAUAGAUGGCUUGGACUUCUGCAGAGAUAGCAGUCACCCCUUGAAGUUCAACAAGAAAACCAAAGGGCUCAUUGAUGGCCUUACCAAAUUCUUCACCCCUUCCCCUGAUGGGCGCAAACCUCGAGGGGAAGUGGUAGACUAUUCUGAGCAAUAUAGAAUCAGGAAAAAGGGCAACAGAAAAUCAAGCACUUCAGAUUGGCCCACAGACAAUCAGGAUGGCUGGGAUGGCAAACAAGAAAGUGAGGAACGACUUUUUGGGAGCCAGGAAAUCAUGACUGAGAAAGAUAUGGAGUUAUUUCGUGAUAUCCAAGAACAAGCACUGCAGAAAGUUGGAGUGACUGGUCCCCCUGAUCCACAAGUCCGCUGUCCCUCUGUCAUUGAGUUUGGGAAGUAUGAAAUUCACACCUGGUACUCCUCCCCAUAUCCUCAAGAAUACUCAAGGCUACCUAAAUUGUAUCUUUGUGAAUUCUGUCUAAAAUACAUGAAAAGUAGAACUAUUCUCCAGCAGCACAUGAAGAAAUGUGGUUGGUUCCAUCCUCCUGCCAAUGAGAUUUACAGAAAAAAUAAUAUUUCUGUCUUUGAGGUGGAUGGGAAUGUGAGUACCAUUUAUUGUCAGAACCUGUGUCUCUUGGCAAAGUUGUUUCUGGACCACAAAACACUCUAUUAUGACGUGGAGCCAUUUCUUUUUUAUGUACUAACACAGAAUGAUGUCAAGGGCUGCCACCUUGUUGGCUACUUCUCUAAAGAAAAGCACUGCCAGCAGAAGUACAACGUUUCCUGUAUAAUGAUUCUUCCCCAGUACCAGCGUAAGGGCUAUGGCAGGUUUCUCAUCGAUUUCAGUUAUUUGUUAUCAAAGCGUGAAGGCCAAGCAGGGUCUCCAGAGAAACCAUUAUCCGAUCUAGGUCGUCUUUCCUACAUGGCCUAUUGGAAAAGUGUAAUAUUGGAGUGCCUUUAUCACCAAAAUGACAAGCAGAUCAGCAUUAAGAAGUUAAGCAAGCUGACAGGUAUCUGCCCUCAAGACAUUACCUCCACACUCCACCACCUACGAAUGCUGGACUUCCGCAGUGACCAAUUUGUGAUAAUCCGCCGGGAAAAACUUAUCCAGGAUCACAUGGCAAAGCUUCAGCUGAAUUUGCGGCCUGUAGAUGUAGAUCCAGAAUGUUUGCGCUGGACCCCUGUCAUAGUCUCCAAUUCUGUGGUCUCAGAGGAGGAAGAAGAGGAGGCUGAGGAAGGAGAAAACGAAGAGUCGCAGUGCCAGGAAAGAGAAUUAGAGACGAGUGUGGGAAAGUGUGUAUCUCGGGAGAACAAAGAACAAGAUUCUUACUCUUCAGUAGAAAGUGAAAAGAAACCAGAAGUUAUGGCACCAGCUAGUUCUACACGUCUGAACAAGCAGGUCCUUCCCCGUGAUAGUCUUCCUGCAAAUAAUCAGCCACCUCGGAGAGGCCGCUGGGGAAGGAAGAACAGAAAAACCCAGGAACGUUUUGGUGAUAAAGAUUCUAAACUGCUCUUGGAAGAGACAUCAGCUCCUCAGGAAAAAUAUGGAGAAUGUGAGGAAAAAUCAGAAACCUCCCAAGAACAGUAUCCUGAAAGUGAGGAGCAGUCAGCAGCCUCUCAGGAGCAGCCAAGCCAAGAUGGGAAGCUGGACAUUCCCAAAAGAAGACUAAGUGAGGGGGUGGAGCUCUGGCGAGGACAGCUCAAGAAGAGCCCCGAGGCACUGAAGUGCAGACUAUCAGACGGCAAGGAGAGACUGCCCCGGCGCUACAGUGACGGUGACAGGGCUCUCCUCAGAGGCUUCAGUGAGAGUAGUGAGGAGGAGGAGGAGCCAGAAAGUCCUCGGUCCAGCUCCCCACCAAUUCUUACAAAGCCCACAUUGAAGAGGAAGAAACCAAUUCUUCACCGAAGAAGGAGAGUCCGAAAGCGCAAACACCACAACAGCAGUGUGGUCACAGAAACGAUUUCUGAGACUACAGAGGUAUUAGAUGAACCUUUUGAAGACUCUGACUCUGAGAGGCCGAUGCCACGAUUAGAACCCACGUUUGAGAUUGAUGAGGAAGAAGAGGAAGAGGAUGAAAAUGAACUCUUUUCUAGAGGAUACUUCCAUCGUUUGUCCUCACAGGACAUGCUCAGGUGCCGAUCCUCUUCUAAGAGGAAGUCUAAAGAUGAAGAUGAUGAUGAAGAGUCUGAUGAUGCUGAUGACACUCCUGUACUAAAGCCAGUAUCUCUUUUGAGAAAAUGUGAUGUGAAGGAUUCUCAGCUUGAGCCAGAUACAUCCACACCUAUGAAAAAGAAAAAGGGAUGGCCCAAAGGCAAGAGCCGCAAACCAAUCCACUGGAAGAAAAGACCUGGUCGCAAACCAGGAUUUAAGCUGAAUCGGGAAAUUCUACCCAUUUCUACUCAAGAAUGCAUUGUUGAGCCCAUUGUUCCCAUUCCUAAACCGGGACGUAAACCCAAACUUCAAGAGAAUGAAGAAACUGUUGAACCAAAAGAAGACUUGCCUUUAACAGAAGAAAGGAAGGACGAGGAGGAGAUGCACGUGGAAGCAGAAGAGAUUGAGGAGGGAGAAGAAGAAGAUACAACCAGCAGUGAGGUGAGAGCAGUGUCUCCAGUGGAUAGCAACAGUCCCGAGACUGAAACGAAAGAACCUGAGAUAGAAGAGGAGGAAGAGAAGCCCCGUGUCUUGGAAGAGCAGCGGCAGUCGGAGGAGGAGCAGCAAGAACUGGAAGAACAGGAGCAAGAGGAGGAGGAUGAAGUGGCCCUAGAGACCAACCAGAAUGAAGACCAUGAUGCAGAUGAUGAAGACGAUGGCCAUCUGGAACCUACCAAGAAAAAAGAGCUAGAGGAGGAACCCAUUAGAGAAGACGUCAAAGAGGAGCCUGGUGGUCAGGAGUCUUUUUUAGAUACUAAUAUGCAGAGCAAUAGGGAGACCAUAAAGGAUAAAGAUGAAACAGAACCAGAUUCUGAAGAGGAACAGACUUCCCAUGAAACAUCCAUGGUAUCAGAGCAUAUGCCAGGAUCUGAGGAUGAUCAUGAAGAAGAUUCAAACUCUAAGGAAGAAUUAAUUGAGCUAAAAGAGGAGGAAGAGAUUCCUCACAGUGAAUUGGAUCUGGAAACUGUGCAAGCAGUGCAGUCUUUGACUCAAGAAGAAAGUAACGAGCACGAGGGAGCCUACCAGGACUGCGAAGAGACUCUGGCCGCGUGUCAGACCCUGCAGAGCUACACGCAGGCCGAUGAAGACCCUCAGAUGUCGAUGGUAGAAGACUGCCACGCUUCAGAACAUAAUAGUCCAAUAUCUUCUGUCCAGUCUCAUCCCAGCCAGUCGGUCCGUUCAGUCAGUAGUCCCAAUGUGCCUGCCCUUGAAAGCGGUUACACCCAGAUCAGCCCGGAGCAAGGAUCCCUGUCCGCACCCUCUAUGCAGAACAUGGAGACCAGCCCCAUGAUGGAUGUGCCUUCCGUAUCAGACCACUCUCAGCAGGUGGUGGACAGUGGCUUCAGUGACCUGGGCAGCAUUGAGAGCACCACAGAAAACUAUGAGAACCCCAGCAGUUAUGAUUCUACGAUGGGCGGCAGCAUUUGUGGGACUAACUCUUCCCAGAGCAGCUGCUCCUAUGGUGGGCUGUCGUCCUCCAGCAGCCUCACCCAGAACAGUUGUGUUGUCACUCAGCAAAUGGCAAACAUGGGCAACAGCUGCAGCAUGAUGCAGCAGAACGGUGUCCAGCCUGCCGCUGCCAACUGCAACAUCAAGUCACCUCAGAGUUGUGUGGUGGAGAGGCCUCCCAGUAACCAGCAGCCGCCCCCGCCGCCGCAGCAGCAGCAACAGCAGCAGCAGCAGCAGCAACCAGCACCACAGCCUCCGCCACCCCAGCAGCAGCAGCCGCAGCCACAGCCGCAGCCACCGCCGGCACCGCCACCACCUCAGCCCCAGCAGCCUCAACCCCCGCCCCCGCCCCAGCAGCAGCCUCCCCUGUCACAGUGUAGUAUGAAUAACAGUUUUACUCCAGCGCCUAUGAUCAUGGAGAUACCGGAAUCUGGAAGCACUGGGAACAUAAGUAUUUAUGAGAGGAUUCCAGGGGACUUUGGUGCCGGCAGCUACUCUCAACCAUCAGCCACCUUCAGUCUAGCCAAGUUGCAGCAGCUGACUAACACCAUUAUGGACCCUCAUGCCAUGCCUUAUAGCCAUUCUCCUGCUGUGACUUCCUAUGCAACCAGUGUUUCUUUGUCGAAUACAGGACUGGCUCAGCUAGCUCCGUCUCAUCCAUUAGCUGGGACCCCUCAAGCACAAGCCACCAUGACGCCGCCUCCAAACUUGGCAUCCACCACCAUGAACCUCACGUCACCUCUGCUGCAGUGCAACAUGUCUGCCACCAACAUUGGCAUUCCUCACACUCAGAGGUUGCAAGGGCAGAUGCCAGUCAAGGGGCACAUUUCCAUCCGCUCCAAGUCUGCGCCGCUGCCCUCCGCAGCUGCCCAUCAGCAGCAGCUGUAUGGCCGCAGCCCACCAGCGGUCGCCAUGCAGGCCGGCCCUCGUGCACUGGCCGUUCAGCGUGGCAUGAACAUGGGGGUUAAUUUGAUGCCGACCCCCGCCUAUAAUGUCAAUUCCAUGAAUAUGAACACUUUGAAUGCCAUGAACAGCUAUCGAAUGACGCAGCCCAUGAUGAAUAGCAGUUACCAUAGUAACCCUGCCUACAUGAACCAGACAGCACAGUAUCCUAUGCAGAUGCAGAUGGGGAUGAUGGGGAGCCAGGCCUAUACCCAGCAGCCUAUGCAGCCAAACCCUCAUGGAAACAUGAUGUACACUGGCCCCUCCCAUCACAGCUACAUGAACGCUGCUGGUGUGCCCAAGCAGUCACUCAACGGACCUUACAUGAGAAGAUGAGCAAGAUGAACUUGCAGUUAAAAACUUAAAUAUAUAUAAAUAAAGGAACCUUUUAUACUGACAAA